CUUGCAUCCUCCGCCAUGAACAAGAUCCUCCUGGUGUGCUCCGUCCUGGCCCUGGCGGCGGCCGCAGCAGCCACGGCCUCACCUUUGGAUGACCUGCUCGAGCAGUCACCCAACCUCAGGGUGCUGCACAAGGUGUACUCCGAGUGCGCCACCAAAGAGGCGGGCCUCGCCCCCUGCCUCAAGGCCAGGGCCGUCGCCUUCAUGGACAGGAUGUCCCGCAUGGAUGCAGUCCCACUCGCCGACCACCUGACCCUCGUCAGGGUACCAGGCGCCGCCGACGAAAGGCAGUCCCGCGCCCUCAGUGAUGCCGAGCUUGACGCGACCAACGACAACACCCUGACCACCAUGCUGGUCCAAAGGGUGGCCAAGUUCGUCAGCGGCCGCUCCGUCCAGAUCGACCUGCCCAAGGUUUCCGAGGAGGAAGUCCAGACAUCAUUGGCAGAAGGUCGUGGCAAGAUGAAGAAGAUGAUGGGUAUGAUGAUGAUGAUGGGCGGCAUGAUGAAGUUCGCUCUGCUGAUGCUGCUCAAGCUUAAGGGUCUGUUCUUCCUGGCGAAAAAGGCGCUCAUCGUUUCCAAGAUCGCGCUCUUCCUCGCGCUCGCCGUCAUCUUCAAGAAACUGAUGACCGGCGACGACAGCCACGGCAGCAGCGGCUGGAGCUCCGGGGGCGGCCACGGAGGCGGCUGGGACCGCAACAGCUACGACUCCCACAACCUCGCCUACAAAGCGCACCGGCCCUAAAUCUUACCAAAAAUUCAUUUCUCGCUCAAAUUUCUCUUUCUUUCGUGCCAGUUGAGAGCAAAAAAUGUUCCUUCGCCUCUUUUCAUCAGCAAGCAAUUAGUCCAAAUUUCUUUCAAUCUUGCUUGCAGUAUCUGUACGGGUACUUACUUUUUUUUCUUUAACUUGAAUCUUCCCACGACUGCACUUUUUAUACACUUCCUAUACAAUUGUUGUUGGCAGUGAGAAUUUUCUUUUCUCGCUAAUUUAAUUUAUUGUUGUUAAUUUAUUUAUUUUCGAAAUAAAGCAAUUAUUUAUUAUUGAAAAAAUCAAUGAGUUUCGUUCCAAUUACUUGUAACUGUUUCAAAUAUAUGAAAGAGGAAUUUCUUAAAUGGAGAUUUUUAUAUCAGUAAUCAUCUAGUGCUGCACGUAGUCAAAAGCUCUGUCGAGUAAAGAAUUAGAAAUUUAUCUCUCCUCUCUCGUGGCGCUGUGAUGAAAACGUAAUAAAAUUGGUUCUGUUAUCUCUCUUUCUCUGCUUGAUGAAAAUUCUUCUUCUAACCUACGAGAACUGUGGAUGAACAGCAAUUAUAACCUUUGGCCUCUCUUCCAUUCAAAAGACAUUCAAGAGUGCCAAUUUGCAUCAUGACACACAAAUAGUUUUUAGAUGCAAUGAUUCGCAACUUUAUUAAUUUUUGUUCGUAAGAGUUUGCAAUGACGACAAUCAGAAGUGGCUGGAAUAAU